CCCAGAGCGGCUAUUAUGCGUUCUCGCGUAGUUGUGCGGCGCAUCGACGAGAAAGAAGCAGCGGCGCAGCAUGUCAAUCUUGCGGCAACAGAGCCGGCCCUUGGGUGUCGGUGGACGCGGGAGAAAUGCCUGAAAGGCAUGUCGCAUUACUCGCCGAGCGGCCGCACGCCCAGAGGCUACUCGCCGCAGGAGUACCUCGACCAGGCGUACCGACAGCCGGGCUACCACUACUCGCCCCAGCAAUCGGCCAACGACUCGCGGCAUAACCACCCAGCCAACGCCGGACCUUCGAGACUCAAAAGGCCCAUCCUUAAGCCGUCGGGCAGCUUUGAGCGCAGGCCGAGUACGCAAGACCUCAAAUGGGACGAACAAAACAUCAAAGAAACCUUUCAUCCAAAGAACAAGGACUACGGCUUCAUGAUUGUCGACGAGCCCAAGACGCCGUACCACUAUGACGCAACCACUGACCCAGGAGGCGUCAAUCCUCAACAGUUAGCUCAAAAAAUUGAGUCGGCCACAUCGAUGCAGCCUAGUGCUCUCACCCCGGCAGUUGUUCUUACAGAAGAGCAAAAAAAGGCAGAGGAAGCGGCAAGAGCAGAGAAGCAUCGGUUGUUCGAAGAGAGGCGCAAAAAACAUUACCACAUGGAGCGGUUUGCGCCUGCGGAGAACUCCGGCGAAGAAGACGAGGAAGAGGGCGAGGAUAGCGAAGACUGACAUUGCUUGCGGCACAAGCCACACAGAACCUGCUCGUUGGCUGGUGCCAUGCGCACUGGCGCAGCUUACGGAUCGCUUCCCGUACGUCUGGGUACGCCAAGGUGUUCUGUGCUCCGACUGCGCCUGGCGUCAAAUUUUUCUUGUUUGCCAUUGGUGGCUCGUUGUCUUUAGCGGCAGCCAUGUCCUAAGCCCACGAAAAAUUUCCCUUCGAGCCCUUGGCGUGACAAACACGCCCACUGCUUUUAGGGGGACAAAAGGUGGAACUGUGCUAAGUUUUAUUAUUUUUUUUUUGAUCACCUGCUAGCUAAUGUACAAUUGUAGAUCGAUUUUUUUUUCCUCAAAUGCAGCGCUUGUAUAGUGCUUGAUGUAUGCUCCCAUUCCAUUUUUUUUUUUUUUUUUCUCUCCUGCCCAUCCUCGCUAAUGGACUCCUCUGGCAAGCUAGGGACACGCAUAGACGAUACAGAAACGUGCAGUUCUGCGUUGCGUUGCACUGCGAAGAAAUUAGUCAAGCAUCGCCCCGUGGUGUUGUGCGAGCGAGACGGUGCGCCGCUGCCAAGUGAGAGCCACUGCACUACAUCUGGCCAGCGGCCAGUCAAAGUCUUCCUAAGAGGCGGCCAGUUUGUUCUGCUUUGGGUGAUGAACUCUCUCGUGCGUUGGGGCAUCCGUGCAUAGGAAGGGCUUAUGGAUGCGCAUAGGAGUCCCUGUGAUUGUGAUCCUCGGCCAUUAAAAUGUGCUGCAGAAUGGU